AUGAAGAUCCUGGUUCCCGCCAUUGCUCUCGCCCUCGUGGCAACAUUGUCGUCGACGGCUGCUCAACGCUUUUGCGGACAAAACGAUCAGAAGGCCCUCCCCCCCUACACGGUCUACAACAACCUGUGGGGUCAAGCCAAUGAUCCAAAAGGUACCCAGUGCACGGAAGCCACCCGUGUUUCGGACAACGCUAUAGCCUUCACGACAAAGUUCACGUGGACCGGCGGCCAAUACCAGGUCAAGUCGUUCGCCAAUGCAGCACUCACGUUCGCGCCCGUGAAGAUGUCCCAGGUGAAGAGUAUGCCGACGGAGGUUCAGUACGAGUUCAAGGAGACCGACAACUCCCUCAUCACCAACUUCGCGUACGACAUGUUCUUGAGACCCGAUCCACAAGCGAAUAACAAGUACGAGGUGAUGGUGUGGUUGGCCACUUUUGGCAAUGCCGCGCCUUUGGCCGAUAAGUAUCCCGCGAAGCCCAUCAAGGAGAACGUGAAGGUGGGGGGUGUCACGUUUAACUUGUACAAGGGAAUGAAUGGGAAAGUCACAGUCUUCACGUUCCUCGCGACGGUGAAUACCAAUCGGUUCAAAGGAGACUUGAGGAACUUCUUCACGCAGCUUCCGGACCCGAAACUUCUCGACGACCAGUAUUUGGUCAAAGCCGAGACUGGCACGGAGCCUUUCCAGGGACAUGCCGAAAUGGUCGUGUCGAAGUACUCGCUUGAGAUCAUCUCGUAA